CAGGAAUUUAAAACGACUGAAGAUGUUCACACUGAAGUGCCUAUUAUGUGGACAUUGGGCAACCCUGAUUUGGACGCCGAUAAAUGGAGGUUAAAGCUGGAGUACAUGUGCGAAACAUUUACCCCAAACGGCGAUUGUGGAAUAACCAACGAUAAACACGAAGCGGAAAAUUCAUGCUCAUCAGGUAAGAUUAAGCGUAAUAACUCGCCAUAGCGAGUUUCCCAAACAAAUCCUAUUAAUGUUCUGGCUGUUGCGUAACAGCAAACCCUAUGGUUAUUUUUCUUACCUGGGCUACUUGUGGUAUACCUGAUAGAAGUAUGCAUCAAUAAUACGUUAAGAGUGUGUCCAUGAGAGAACCAGGCAGGAGGUGAUAAUGCUCAAAUCACGGAUUUCGCUCAAACUUGGCACAAUUGAUGGGUUUGGUGAGAUAUUAACCUCGACAAAAAAUAAGGUUGCAAUAUUGAAUUCCCUGGGAUUUACAGGGACUCCCCCUAAAAACGACAAAAUCUAUUCAUUUUUGCAUAAUUAAUUAGCUGACUUUGGUUUGGCUGUUCAACAAGAAGAAAAGACAACUUCAAAUCUAAUCAACUUUAUCAUCUUUUAUGUUUAUCAAACUUAAUGCUCAGUAAUUUAUUUUUACUCUCUAAUUCGAUCUCUUCCUAUUAUUUAGCCUAAAGUAAGGACAUCUUCUCACUGUUUUGACCAAACCCUAAAUUUAAGGUAUUUUAGUGGCUAACAUCUCCCAUGAGCAACAACCUAUGUACUUAAUUCUCACAUAUUCUUUGAAAGACAUCUUUAAGGUUAUCAAAUCAGUCAUAAAAUAUUUGGGCAAUCUUAUACUUUAUCAAUAAUGACGUAUUAUGUACAUCUGACUUGACGCUUAUUUGUCAUUUGACCAAAAUUGGAAGAAACGUAACAUUCGUUUUUUUAAACAAAAAUAGCACAAAGUUGACGAGAAGUCACAAAUCAGAUGCGUCAUUAUCGAUGCUAAUAGCGGAAUUGUUAGAACGUGUCACCUGAGGCAUGUUUUCCGUGUUAUUUAUGGACGUUUGGAUGGAUAUUUUAUGGAACGCUUGAGUAAACACAAGGAGCAAAAGAGUUAGUUCAAAACUUCGAUCGGUCGAACUUGUAGGUGAAACAAGACCCAACAAGGAUAAAAGAUAGUGAAUAAAUGUUACAUACACGUCUCUCAGGUGCAUUAGUCCGGAUUUGCUGCUCCAGUUUCGUCUGGUCCUUUGUGGCGUUACUUCGUGACGAGGUAAUGAAAUCGAAACAUCUUGAAACAUUGCAGAAUUAAAAGUGUCGGCUUUUUACCGAACAUUCGAAGUCUUUGAAAUAAGUUGUAGUCAGAAAGAACAAAAUCAUUCUCAAAGGACAAGAAGGAUCACUGACAAUCCGUCUAUAUCUACAGAAAACAACCAACUGCUCGAACACCCUCCAUCUUUGACUCUGCCAAAAAGAUGGAAUCUGUGACGCCGGACUACCGGACUCCGGAAUGCGGAAUACGCUAUCUAUUGUUGUACGCGCCAAUAUCCUGUUAUAACUGGUGUGUUAAAAAUAGGUUGUGAAAGUCGUGUUACUUUGAAAUUUUGAGUUUAUUCGAUGUUGACAUUAAUUACCAUGAUAAUAAUGGUCCAUAAUAACCCUUUUUGGAGUCAGACCGUGCCGUGCAAUUUUUAGACAAUUAAUGACUUGCCACUGGGUAUAAUUACUUACUUAGUUGUAUUUUAAUCCUCGUAGUCUUACAACUAUACAGGUUGGUAUCUGUAUCUGGGUAUAUCAAUGACUACAAAAAUAUAAUAAUAACCGUUUAUAAACGUGUUGAGGAAAAACUUCUGAGGAAUACAAAAGACCCAAAAGGGGGCACUAAUACAUUGCAAAAAACAGUCGGCUAGACUUCUUUGGCUAUAAGGAAGGUGUAAGAGAACAGUUUCUUGAACACAGACUAAUACACUAUAUUCACUUCUCAUUUAAGCUGUCAUUUUCGGAUUCAUACAGUAGAUUAAGUUCUCUUAAGGGACACUCUCGUAUAUAGCGAAUAGCUCUACUUACGACCGCCAUCACAAAAUCCCGUUUCAACUCUCACACAAACUCUGGAUUUUUACAUUCCCGUAGGCGGCCGCGGACACUUAAACGGUUUACCGGCGAAUUAGAUGUUAGCUUUGAUUUAAAGCUCUCCUAAGCAGACGCUCGAAAGAAAUCUUAUCCGCCUCUGAAUGUUGUUGUUGUUUUUUUUUUAUAUCAUGUCCACAGUCAUAUGGCUGUUUGUCACUGUUAUGAAUCAUUCUUAUAUAUCCGUUUCAGAGUUACCGUUUUUACACAUACUCGUCCGCUUACACUUGAAAAUACAAACUGAAUUGUAUGCUUUUACCUAAAUUAAAACAAGGCAAGAACAUCAGCGUAACCAUACACUAAAAAACAGUUUUUUGUUAUUACCAGUGUUAAUUUGUAGCUGGGAGGAGCUUCCGUAAGCGGCUAUCUAACCUUUACACCACUUUUAAAGUGGCUGAAUUCCACUUGCAUAUCUAUGCUGCAUACAAGAUUCAUUCUUGUAAGCGGCCAGAUCCAGUUAAGGACACCUUUUUCUUGUCCCGAGGGCGCCCUCGUACGAGAGCUUCCACUGUAUUGCAAUUUUAGGAUUUCUCUUACAUUCUAACAAAUUUUCGCUUAACGAGGCACAGUCGAACCUACGUGCGACCACCCAACUUAAGUGACCACUUCCCAAUAAGCGGUCACUUAUUCAACACACCAAAUAUAUUAUCAAGUCAAAGCGCUUGUAGUUGGAACCUCCUGUAAACGAACACAUCCACAUCCAGUAAGCGACCGCGACCACUUUUUACGAUGACAGUCUGAUUGAGAAUUUUCCAUGAUGCAAUUGUCUGAUCUCUGCGUUCCCUGUAUGUCCUAAGCUACUCGCAGUAUGAGAGGAACUUUAGAAACAAAUUAGAUUUAUCUAUAGUAUAUUGUAACUUAAAAAUUGCAUGCAGUACAUUCACCCCAAAAAGUAGAUGUGUCCGCACUUUUCCUCGUUAAAGACCUCCAGCAGUUCGACUCUAGUAAAACCCAAAUUUUCCUUGGGCAACCCUGUACUGUCGCACUUUGCAAUAAUCGUCGCACUUUGUAAUACCUGUCGCACUUUGUAAUAACACUUGUCGCACUUUGUAAUAAAAAAGCUGUCGCACUUUGUAAUAACAGACCAUCGCACUUUGUAAUAAAAAUAGCUGUCGCACUUUGUAAUAACACUUGUCGCACUUUGUAAUAAACUUGAAAUCGAUGGUCGGAGGACAAGCAAACCCAGUAAUCAGUGUCACCAUCGACAACAACAACAACGACAAUAAUAAUGAUAAUAAUAAGAAUAAGAAUAAAGUAAAAACUUGCAAGAGGACAGGCCGCACAUCUUCACCGGCGUGAAACCUUUGAAAACCUUUUACAUAUUGCUCCGUUGAGGAGAACUCUUUCAGGGAUCUUACAGUUUAAUAUUUGAACCAUGAUAUAGCUUAUAUAUAGCGGACCAAGAUACGGCUCGGUACAGUUUUUGUUCAGCAAGGGAAAAUUGUGUAAGUCGAGCAGAACCUUUAAAAUGUACAACAGACAAUUUGUUCAGUUCGCGCGUAUUCCUGUUGAAUUUGUGGCCCGUUUAUGAGAUUUGUCUACUCAAAAAUAUAAUAAUUUUUCCGCCAUAGCUGCUGUAAUCUUAGGGUAUCUUUAUUUAAUAUCUCCGUAAAGUUUAGGUUUACGCGAUCUCAGAGAACAAUGUUCAGCUGUACACAGCACGUAGCCUUUAACUAUAUCCAGAUCUAACACUGGUUUUGUGUAGUGGUCAUCGUGGCAUAAUGACGUGAUAUGCAAUGUUUAGAACAUUUUAGUGCGAAAAUAAUAGUGACAAUAAUGAUGAUGAUGACAAUGAUUGUGGCACCGGGUUGUGCUCUGAGUUUGUGAUUUUCAUUUGGUUUUAUGAAAUACAGUAUAGCUUAUUCAUGGUAAUAAAUACAAAUCAAGUAUCUCUGUAUAUGUCUCAAGUAAUACCUCGCAGGUAACGAAAUCAUAGGUUUUCUAGUUGCCUGUGCUAGUAGUAAAACUUUAAAAAUAUUUCGCUUAUACGAUCACGUUUCGCCUGAAGGACACCUUUAAUUACUUUUACUAACAAUCAAUUAAAUGAAAUUCCAAUACAAACUCCCAUUUUAAACGACUCUCCCUGUCAUAGGCGUAGACACUUUCUCUCUAUCGGGGUCGUCCGCAUAUAAAGAGUUGUACUUCCCUAGAAAGAUCUUGAAGGCAGAAGUUGAUGAGAACACUUAUUAUUAUUAUUGUCGUUGUUGUUGUUGUCGAUGAUGACACAUAUUACUGGGUUUACUUGUCCUCCGACCAUCUAUUUCAAGUUUAUUACAAAGUGCGACAAGUGUUAUUACAAAGUGCGACAGUACAAACCCCAUGGGAAUUAUUUACUGGGUGUCUUCCGACCACGUACGGACCGGAACAUCAAAUGUCUGUAACUUAAUUGUUGUGUCUGUCCAUAAUUCAACAUCUGCCUGCCUCAGCACGGCACACGGCUGGACACUAAACUGGUUUUGGUGCCCAAGAGUACGCAAAAAGGCCCUUCCGAGAUCGAUGUCUAGGACGAAAAAAUUGACCUUACCUGGAUAGGGUGAGAAAUUUGAAAUCGAAGUAUUACAGUUGAAGUAUCUCUCGGAGGGAAUGUGGGAAGGGUGUUAAACAUAUGGAAGCGGUUGUUUGAGAAAAAUAUCUAACUCAUUGUGAAAGUGUGGUGUAUUUUGAAUUCUUCUUGGGAACAUUAGUGCCACAGUUAGGCUUUAUAAGACCCCAAAAGACCGUGCGAUAUAAAAAAAUUCACUGUUUAUGACAGUCAAAUCUGGUGCCAGCUGGGUAGGGCAUUUGUACGCAAUUUGGACACUUCCCCGGGGAGAAGGGACUCCAGUAUGAAAAAAGAAAUGGAAUUCUUGUCGCAAGCCAAUCUGGACGUGUCUCACGCUUUAUUUGUCUCUUUGAACUGGCCUGCACCAACAUCCGGCUUCACUUCGCUGCUAUUUCACGUGCAACUAAAAUAGAAAAAAAUAGUUCUUUCCAACGGCACGAAGACAAAACGACUUCUAUCUCCGAGUUUGAGAAGACAGGGGAUCAUUUAUAAUCAUAGUCUCAAUAAAGUUGCCAAUAGAUUUGGAAUUCUAAAUUAUUUAUCAGCAUACAAUAACAAUAAAAUAAUCUCAGAGAAUGUCGGAAAGUCAUUUUGUUCACUGAACUCUGGCUCCUGGCUCCUGGCUCCUGGUUCCUGACUCCCGAUACGAUGUUUCCGUACGGUGGCGACCGCUGCUUAAAAAUGCGGGCUCCAUUUAAUGUCAAAGAUGUCGGACGUUUGCAACAUGUGAAUUGAGCUACAACAGUGGCAGAAAUAAUUCUUUCAGUAGGUUAACAAUCGGCUUUUUACCUUUCGUAUUGUUUUGUCCUAAAACAACUUGAUUUGGAUUUUGGUGCGUAAACUGAUGGCUAAGGAAUUUUAGUCGUACAGCUAGUCACGACGCUGAACUACGCUGAACUCCGGGCUGAACUGGACAUCGAAGGUGGCAUGAGGAACAAAUCAAAGCGGGCACAAACUAGCAGUUGAGACAUGUAAGAGAUACGUAUAUGGAUGUUAUUGAUCGUUUAUAUUGUUUUUAGGGCGAACAUGUUAAAGUAAGUAGAACUGUGAAUUAAAUCUUUGUAUAUUGUUUUUACUUGAAAAGAUCGCGUAUAUAGCUAUCAGAAAUCAUCGUUAGCGUUUCUUGCGCAACAAUUUUUAUGAUUUUACCCUUAUUAAUGUUAAAUCAUUGUCUGAUGAGCUUUUUUGUUCGAUUUCGCCUCAUUCAAAGGCAAACACACGAAUAUUGAAGGGGCCUGAAUUUUGAUGAAAUAUGCAAAAGUCGUUCAGUCACAUGAACAGUUUAUGUCAACACAUGGAAGAAAGUGAAUUUCCCAAACUUUUUAUGAUCUUUUUCUCAACUUAAGUGAUGGCUUUAACUACUCAUGCAAAAGUUAUAAAGAUAAGCGAUUGCUCAUCAGAGAUAUUUGGGAAUAAAAUACCCUAAUUUUACGUCUUACUCAAAACUUGGAAAUGAUGACCCAACUUAAGGGGGCUAAGAGGGGGGAAAUCGAAUCGGCGACUUUAAACAGUUUAUUGUGCUUAAAGUCUUAUAAUGUCAGAUUAUCUCUCAGUGCAUUCAAGUUCCAGGUGGCUUUUCUGUUUGUUGCACUGGCAUCGUAAAGUUAGCUAAUUAAUUAUGCAUAAACGGGCAAAAUGGCGAUUUUUACGGGGGGAGCCCGGAUCUCCCAGGGAAUUUAAUAUUUUGACCUGACAUUCUCUCACAUAAGCUAACUCCUGAUACCUAACAUUUGUGCCAAGUUUGAGCGAAAUCGGUGAUUUGAGCAUUAUCACCCCCUGCCUGGUUCUGCCUGGUUUUCUCAUGGACACACUCUUAAAGAUCUUAUUGGCUGACUAACACAAUCAUCGACACCAAAAGUUUGUAAAGAGGAAGCUUAGUCAACAACGACGGCAACAGGCUACGAAAGCGUCUCUUUAACUUACAGUGAAUUCCCGCUGCUUAAAAACUCACUUUAUCUCGCUUAUUCUAUCUCGUUCAAUUCGCCAAAUGUUGGCAAAUGCUUCUGGAGUUGAAUUCUAAAAGACUGUAUUGAAUUUCAGGAAAAGAAAGUCGUUGUCUUGUCUCGUCCUCCACAAAACGUGAAAUUAAGUUCUUUCAGUCGUAGUCGUGUAGUAAAGGCAGGAAAGAAUGAUACACAUGCAGAGUUGUUGUCUUGCUAAUCUAAAUCUUCUCCUUUUUUUAUUUUCGUUGUCGCCGCUGUCGUCGUUACUUAAAGUACAUGUUCGGUAAAAUGUGCACUUGUUUUGCAAAAUUGCUACAAAAAGGAGUUGAAUAGCGAUGUUGGGCGUUUUGCUAGCCACUUUUACACAUGUCUUGGAACAAUUCAGGUCAUUGCAGGUUGUGAAAAUUUGUCGCAAAAAGUAGAGAGUAGUUCUACUUUUUGCAACAAAAUCUGUACAUGUUGCGAGUUUUACCGACCAAAGGGCUAACUUUUUUUCAGCAAGUGACAUAACUCCCGUGCAUGGCGUGAGUCCCGCGUAAUUUCAUCCAAUCAGAAGUCAGUAUUCACGCAACUUUCAACAACCAGAUUUAUUGCAAGAAAGAUUUGAUUCGUGGGUGGUUAAACGCGCAACAUGGCUAUUCAACUCGUUUUGCAACAAUGUUGCAAAUAUUCCUGCAAAAUGAGUUGAUGAAUAGCGAUGUUCUAGAACUAUUCUCUCCUUUUCAACAACUUUACACAACCUGCAACAGCCUAAUUGGUUCAAAAUAGGUUUGAUUCGUGGUUGGAAAAACGCGCAACAUCGCUCUUCAACUCGAUUUGCAGCCCGUGUUGCAAAAAAGUUGCCCUUCUUACCGUACCUUAAACCACUGAAAUAAGAUUUAAAUGUUCUCCACUUUCGAGAGUGUACGGUUCGAAAAGCUACGUUUUCAUACAACUUCUUCUUCGAAAAAUUCAGUUUAAAACGCGUUAGUCUAGGGAGAUCUUUUGGUUUCAGUUUCAAUAAAAAUAUGAUGCAAAUUGCAUUUCAUUUUUACUCAUUUUUUCAAUAUUAAUAACUGUUUGUUUAAACGAAGGAUCCAGAGUCAAACGAGAGAAAAAAAAAGGAAACAAGGGAUGCAUGAAGAAUUGUAAAGAAAACAAUGAGAAAGAGUGUAAGAAGAAAUGUCAAGGCAACAGCAACAACAAUAACAAUAAUAACAACAACAACAAUAACAACAACAAUAACAAUAACAACAACAACGAAUGCGCAGAGGAACGCGAGAACUUCAAUUAUGAAUCAACUCAGUGGAUAACAAUCUUGGCGUGCGAUGCAACAAGGAAUUAUGAUGGUACUAGUACUACUCAAUGUCAGCACGAUCAAGGUACGAUGCAAUUUUUGCAAAGAGCCCUGAUUAGCAAAAGUAUAAAGAAAAGGUAAUGAGGUGUAUUUUACUACACCUCAAAUAGUAUUUUAGCGUCAUUUGAAAAACUGGGACAACGUUUUCACAUAUUUGUUAAUUACAUAACAAAAAAAGAAAAACAUUCUCCAUUGUUGUUUCCUGGUUAAGGAGGCUCGUACCCAUUUUUCAAGAUCUUAUCCCUUUGUGUUUGAUGCUUCGUAACUUUGGCUGUACUGCAUGUACGAAAAAGCCACAAAGUGAAACAACUUACCUAACAUUGAGCUCAAGUUUAGGGUAUCUUUUGUUGACAUCGCGGCUUCCAUAACAGAAUAACGAUGACAUGAAAUCUACAAAUUGGGAAUUUUCUAGAAAUCCAGGAAUAAUCUGUUUAAAUCCUCUAGUGUGCUAACAGUUAAGACCGUGGUCUUUUCCUUAGUAAGAUUUGAAUAAACCUAUGAGAGUGGUUUUGAAAUAGAAGGUUCUAAAAUUUAUUAUCCCAAAGAAUGUCAAUCGUGCUAUCAACUGAAAAAUUUAGCUGCAACCAAGGUCACAAAUAACCCCUCUGCGCCUGUGCUCGAAUUUCAUCAGCGAUAUGAAAUGUGGAUAUGUAACAGAAAGAUUGUUUCGUAUUCCCAAGUUUGGAUUGAGGAGGACGAGCCGACUGGACCUCGAUCCCGGCCAUUUACAAUCCUCUCCAUGGAUUACGUAACAGUCAAGAGAGAAUAAAGCACAGAGAACGAAUCCCCCAUAUAGGCCCUGUACCCAUCGUAACCCUCUAAAUAUAUUUUUAGAUCUUCUCCUAGUUCCGUUGUUCCCAAGAGAGCCAAUAAUAUGCUCAAUGCUGACACUUGGGCGAAGUCCCACGCAAUGCUUCGCGACGCUCACGAAUCAAAUUGUAAACUGCAGCCGUAGGGAAACGACUAGCCUGCGAAGCGCAGACGUAUUUCCGGUCGUCUCUUCUCUCCCUCCGAAAAAGAAGCGACGACCGGAAAUACGUCUGCGCUUCGCAGGCUAGGAAACGACGCGUGUGUACGUUUUGUGGACGAAUGUGAUUUUAAGGAAGUGAGUGUAGUGAGUGCUUUAAAAAGACUGUAAAGCCAACUAUGAUAAAGCUUCAAAUAAUUCAAAACGAAGGAACUAUUAGUAUAAGACAUCGCGCUCUAAAGACUCACUUACAUCAAGAAAAACAAAAUGAAUUGUAUCAGCGCCUGAAGAAUGUUCUUGGCGUGGCUUUUGUUUAAGCAACAAUUCGGAUCGGAAGCACUACAUUACACUACAUGCAACUUGGAGAAAACAAAAGAAACUAAACUCUUUACUAAAAGGUUAUUUAGCUGCAAAAAAAGCUUAAGACUUUGAGAUCAAGGAAAAUUUAUAGUGCUUAACAACUGCAUCUGAGAUCAAAUUAAUCCUGUGCAAACCACAUCGGAAACCACAAAACAAUUACUAAAUGCCUCAUGACCUCUCAAUGUCAGUCAAAGUAAGAUUUGCUCAGUAAAAAAUUAAAAUACUCCAUGCACUGUCAGACCUACGUGCUACAGAAAAAGAACAACCGCACCGCUGAUCGCUGAGAAAAAAAAGUUCAGCGAUCGCAGUGAUCAUAGCGAACUUAUGGAAAACACUCUCCAGCGAUCGUAGCGACAACGAUCUCUGAGAUAGAAAAAGUUUUAUCUCAGCGAUCGUUGUCGCCGCAAUUGCUGGAGAGCGGUUUCCAUAUGAUCGCUAUGAUCGCUGCGAUCGCUGAACCUUUUUUUUCUCAGCGAUCGAAGCGAUCAUAUGGAAACCGGGCUUUACGCCCCAAAAAUAACUUUCGAGGUAUUACGAUGUGUUUAGGGCCUAUAUGGGGGAUUCAUUCUCUGAGCUUUAUGCUCUCUUGGUAACAACCUUUCUAUUACGCAACCUUGUUUAACAUCGUUUAUAAAGCUCGAGUGAUUCGAACGAAAUAUUCUAAGAGUGAGGACAGUUAACAAUACAAUAUUUUGGCAGCGUCAAGGCAAAUUAAAAGCGAAAGAGCGAGCAGCACUUUCGCUUGACGGGAGUCAAUUGAAAAUGUCUUACUUAAGAGUGAUUUUCUGUAAAAUUCGAACUUCGGCCUGACACGGUACCUCAUCGAUUUGGCUGAUUUUUGGCAUGUAGUCUUAGAAUGGUGUCCUAAAUACUGAAUGCAUAUUCUAAGGUUCGAAUUCUCGUUGGUUUCAAAGAUACAGGAAUGACAGUUUUGACGAGGCCUCGAGCGGCCGCCAUGUUGGUGAACUGACGGAGAUUUACAGUAAUUAAUUCUAGCCUUAUCGUUAAAAUAACUUAAUCGUGACUCAUACAGUUGCAAAGAACUAUCCUUCCUCCUUUCAUUUACCUACUCUUAUCUGAAAAUGGUUAAGCCUGAGCUACGAACGGCUAUAACUUCUCACAGCACUUUUUCGGUACUUAAAAGGUACACAAAUUUGGUAAAAAUUGGAAGGCCAAUAUCACCCAUGCCACAUCGAUUUAGACUAAGCCAUUUUAACUAAACAUAGUUUGUUUAUAGCUAAGUUAGAUUGUUGAAUAAAAUAAUUGGGCAAAUGCAACGGAACAGAAAUAUGAUUGCAUGAUUGCGCAGUGGUUCAGCCACUUGGCCGCUAAAACUUCAAAACAAAAUUCGGUGAAUAUUUGAAAAGAAAAUUCUUUAAAAAUUGAUCGUGCCUCUUAAACCCUUUCUAUCGCUUAAAAAACCCUCCCUUGUAAUGUAAACAGAUGAUCUUUUGAUUCUGAUCUUGCGAAGAGCUUGAAAUAUACGCUAAAAUGAAAAUUAUAAAUUUUGUUACACACGGUACUAGCUCAAGUUCGCUCUUCGAUUUCCCAGAACAAUCGGGAGCCGCUCGUGUACUGCACAGUUACAAUUUUCUCUGUAGUAUUUCGCUGUAUACAGCUACAAAUUACAUAUUUUCUUAGGCAAAGAUAACGCAAACGUUGUCAAUUUUAAUCAAAAGGCUAGAAAAACCAACCGUGCACUGUAGCUUUAUGCAAAUUGUAUGGUAUUCGAUAAUUACACGUGUAAACAGGAACCAACCUUUGCUAAUGUACACUGUUUGGCAGAUCUUUCCAGCGUAAGAUAUAAAACUAGUACAUGAAAUGAAAUUAAAGAACUCAUCAAGUCAAAUUACCUGAUCGUACCGUCAUUACUGAAUAAUAAGUCCGCAAAAUAUGACAUGGAAUGAUCGGUGGGAGACGAAGCUAUUUUUAGGAGGACAAGGAACUGCACGCUGGAACGGAACUGAAAUGAACAACCUCAAUCAAGUUCAGUCUUCUUGACGCUAUUAAACGUUUCACCCGAAUUUGAACAGGAAGUUGUUUUCUAUUUUCUUUCUCAUUCUUGCAUGUAUUCUGCAGUUCGCCCACUAUUUUUUCGUAACUUUUAAUUUUCUAGCUAACUGGAACUGUUAAGAACUACCAACCCCCCUCCCCCCUCCCCCUCUUUGAGUGAACUUUCAUUCGGUCUGAUUCACAAUAAUUUUCGAACGGUGACAAAGUGAAAUUUGAAAUGACAUUUUAUUUAGCAUUUUUAAAAGCUCCUUCUUUUUUUCCCGAUAGCCAGGAAUGUUUUGAACGUAAAGGCUCAAGUGGCGGUGUUUUUCACGACUCUGCUUGUAGACUGACCUCACCACCAGUACCACGGACAUAAAAUCUGAUCGCAGAGGGUCAUACAGUAACUGAUGGGUCUCUGAAAAGCCAAAUGCAGUCACUUUGGGGCGAGCAGGCUAUAUAGAUGAUGAACUCAUUGUUUAUAACCCCAUAACCGUAUCCCAAACGUCGAGCCAGCCCGGGGCGAGCGAACACAAUUUUGGGGCCACUGGCCACGCCCUUAUGUUUAGCGGGAAAUUGGUUGAUUAGUCAAAUCUCCUUAACUCCACGACCAUGCACCUUUCCAGAUAUAGCCCUUAUCUAAUCAUCAUAUAGUUGGGACCUCCCGUAAGCAUUUGCAACUAUUUUGAUUUGUAGAAGACUGUUUAACAGUUUUCAUUACUUUAAUGUCUGGUAAACAACACGAGGUACAUAUUCUGAUCUCUCUCUCCCCCUCCCCCCCCACCCUUCCCCCAUCCAUAACAAAAACUUUUCAGACCAACACUGAAUUGCAUGAAGGUAUGUACAAAAAAAUAUGACCAUCUCGAGGCAAGGUUCAUCACUGUAACUUACCACAUAAAAGCCUUUUCGUUGUUUGCCAUCGACUGAUUCUGUUCUGAAUACUAAGGUCCCAUAAACAACGCCACGUUUAGAAAGAGCCCGUCCUUUUCAAUCCAAGAAAACCCAAGUAGCGAUUUCACCAACGAGACAUAAGCCGUAAGAAAAGGACCGCGUCAAAUAGUUCAUGAAAUCACAAACACCUCAUGACACCUUUAAUUCACUCUUUCUUCGAUAAACUAAUUUUUAAUUUUUUAAGCAUAAAUGACAUCAGAAUGCGCGAUUAUGAGCAUUGUAGCUUAUGAAAAGAAAAUUUAACACCUGAUGCACAUGAAAGCGUCUAAGAAGGGGACUAGGGGGAAUUAGGAACAUUGUGCUUACCGCUGGAAAAAUAUUGGCUAGUUCUUUGAAUAGACUCAAUUAAAGCCGUUUUUGUUCAGUAAGGAGCUGUUAGAUGGGGGGAAAGCUACACAAAGUAGAUCGCAUCAGAAUACGGCAUAGGACUAGGCUCUCAAAAUCGAUAAGCCGAAUGCAAGACCAAUUAUUAUGUAAAACAGAGAAAAAUUCCUUGAGGGAAAAAAAUUAUGGCUAGGGAAAAGACCCGAAGGUGGAAAGUUAGGAUGGUAGCUUCUUUUCAGGUAAUCGAUCAUUUACGUUAACUUCCGCUAUCCGACGGGCAUAUCGGAAAGAGUGACUGGAUGAGAGUAUAACACAUUCAAGAAGAAACAAAUUUGUGAAUUUUCACAACUCAAUAAAAUAACUAAAAUUGUGUACUACUCGGUUAUACAAGAUUUUUGUUUUCAAUUUCAGAUUUUUACGAUGGUGCAUUAGCCCCCGUACUCACUAGACACUACUUAACCAUCAUCGUGUUAAAAUCAGUGAAAUACUCCAAAACAAUUUGGAUUCCUACCCUUAUACCUUUAUUAAAAAUUAAGGUUGGGAAGUUUGUUGUUUUCUAAAAGUAGUUUGAACAGCCGAACGAAAUUUUUUUACAAGGAGUGGGAAAGGCAAAGCUUCACUUAUCUCUUCUAAGGUAGAAAGUGUCAGCAAAACGUGAGAGUCGUCCUUGAGGGUAAAGUGUCUAACCUUAUUUUCUCACCGAUUGCAAGUGCCAUUUCAUCCACGCAUAACCUCACCUAGUUAACAGGUGAGCAAAUGUAGUGGGGAAACGUUGCGAGAGAACUGAGUAAGAUGUUAGGGUAAGUUUUGGAAAUUUUCCGCACACCUGGAAAGUCCUGGCUACGCCCCUGAUAGAGACUUUUGCUGGAGAGAAAUUGAAACAUGUUCGCUAAUAUAGUGACGACCAGAAAGGACAAGCCAUAGGAUAGUUCCAGAAAACCACCCAUUAAAAUAGAUCACGAAGUUGUCGAGGCGGAGGAUGAACUUGAAGGCAUCUGAUGAAGUGCAAUUUUUCAAGGGAGCCCAGACCAGAUUAUGUACGAUGGGCACAGGUUGUUUGAUCUGGAAAAUUUAGAGAAGCUCAAGGCAAAUCGCUAGACAACACAUGCUAGAGCUGAACUAAAAAUCUUUUUGCGCCUCUGAACUCUGUCCCUAAGGGUAAAGGAGAAAGUUUCUCUUUAUCAAUGCAUUAACCGAGUUGAUUAUGAAUGUCUCCUUAUGUUGGACGUCUUACUAACAAGAACAUUACCACUACUUGCCCUCAGAGGCGUUUUUCAGUUGACGAGCAGAGAAAAUUAGGUUUUGACUGUUUGAAAUUCUGGAUGCCAGAGUGAAGACGCCUUUUGUAUGAUGACGUCAUCUUCCUACAGUAAAAAGCGUUCGUUUUUUACCACUGAUAUUACGUCAAUCGGUACACUUAUGUUGUCGAAAGGUCCGUGAGCAUGGUAAAUAAUUUUACCUUAAACUGCAGACACAUCUUCAAUCACUCCUUAUUGUUCGCGAUAUCGGAUAAACACUCUGGUCUCUAACUGAAUUUUCUUUGCUGUUUACUUUAUUUUGAAUUAGGACUGUCUUGAGUUGUCCAUGCAUUGUCUAGCGAUUUUAAGCUUUUUCAAGGAAACAAAAAUCUGGAAUUGUCCCUAGGGUGAGGCAUUUGCGCACAGUUUUAAAGCCCUUCGGUGGGGUGACUGUGGUUUUUGUUGUCCCGGGCUCAUCCCUCAUUCUUCCUAACCCCUUCCAAACCAAUUUUUCUGUUUAUCAAGAAUCUCCUCAAAACGGGCUUCGUGAUUGAGACAAAAUACCUGAAAAUUGUACACGGAACCGUUGUUAACGGUGUACAAGGUAGAAUGAGUCUAUUCAUUACUUUGCCAACGCCCAAUUUUUAAAACCGGAAGUAAUGAUGUUUAUUUCAAGGGCUCAUGUCUCAUGAGUUUUGAGUGAAUCUUCAAACGCUGUAAAUACAUGUAGCUGGAACUAUCAUCGCAUCGAUCCUCGCUCACUAAUAAUGAUAACUUAUAUCAACUUCCAUUAUUUAUUGCCUGGCUAAGAUUUUCACGGAUUCUUCAGUUCAGUUGUUUGAAACCAGGCGGCUUCACGUGAGUUGUAACGCCAGGCAAGGAACGUGACGACCCGCGAUAUGCGUGGGAAAAUAUUAUUUUUUUUUUCGAUCAAGGUGGAAACUGGAAACUUUGUCGUCGAGUAAGGUAAUACAUCUCAAUUUUCAUUACUAUGGUUAAUUUUAAAAGCUCUGGUUUCGGUAAAGGAACUGGAGGAAAAUCAGGAAAAUUCCUGUUCGACUGUGAUGGUUGGAUUUUGUUUACGCGUCAUAGCGUAAAUAUAACAAAUUCAUUUUCCUUUUCCUUAUACAAUCUGCCUUUUUUUAUACUGUUUUUCGCAGCAGAGUUAUCGAUUAUAUUACAGAGGCUAAUUUUAUUACACAGAUCACUCAGAUUUAAUGACAGAAACUCUAUUAUCGAUUGUAAUUUUGGCAACACCUGGCGAGUAUUCGGUGUACAGAUUAUUGACAAAGUCGCUAGAACAGUCUUCCAUUCAUUGCUUUUGUUUCUGCUCCGUUAAAUUUGCCCAAUUUUUUUAUUAAUGAACUCGAUUUAAAUACAAACAGUGAGUAUUCAGGCAGAUUGGCAAGCUUCAAUGCGAUGUGGCAAAAGAGAUAUACGCCUUUAAAAUUCUGUUAAUUUUGCGGGUGUAAAAAAUUCAAAAAGUAUACCCACCAAAAGUUUAAUCGAUCGUUGCGAAAAAGUUAUCAAUUUCGAAGUAGUUUCUAAAAAUACAAUAAAGAGGGAUUGUUCUUUCAAUCUGUAUUGGCAAAGGAAGAUUAGCUUUGAAGACAGGGUUGUAGUCGAAGGCUCAAAAGCAGCUUCUAUUAACCAAUAUGGCGCCGGUCCGAGGCACCCAAAAACUGGCCAUGUCGAUAAUUUCCGAAGUAGGAGGAAUUAGAACCUAAAGUUACCUAUUCCUUAUUAAAGACCUCAAAUCAAGUCUACAUGCCAAUUUUUAGCCAAUUCGGUGAGAUAGUGUGGCAGCGCCUUUUUAAUAUAGCUCGAAUCUUACAGACAACUGCUCUUAAGGUUCCUACGAUCAGGCUGCUCCCCCCCCCCCCCCCCCUCUUUUUUAACUGUGGAGAUACCGGAUAUGUAUAAGGAGGGCUUAAUGGCAGGCUAGAUAGAUCCAGGAAUAGAGGAUUUCCGGAAUUUAAUGACUUAUACUUAUCACCUCGAUAUAUAGGUCUCUCUCUAAUCAUCAGGCAUAUAAAUAAACACUUAAAGACUUGUCGCGAGGGAAACAGUUAAUUUUGUUUUCCUAUAAAAUCUCAGUAUUUGACAAACAUUGAGAUUGAAGCUGGAAGUUCAUUAAUCCUUGCUGUAACGGCGGUCGUCGGUCAACAUUCGCGGGUAACGGUGUUACCUUUCGCAAUGUUACCCACUCGGAGAUUUUUUUUAAACUUUCACGUGACGUUAAAGUAACCAAUGAGAGCGCGCGCUGUUGGCAAACAAUUGCUAGGUAUAUCACUUUUUUUUCACCUCAAAAGUGCCCGAUUUGAAAAGAAUUAACAAGUUUGACAUGUUGGACAGCUGGCAUUACCACUACACAUGGAAGCCUCCUAAAGGAGAAAAAUCUUGUUGUGUGCUACGGAUAAGGUGUGUAAAUUUAUCUUUGUUAAUUGUUCGACAAAUUAUUGACAAAGAAAUGGACAGUCGAAUUUAGAAAGAUCAUAUAGCAGAAAAGGUAGCCACCCAAGAAAGCCGCCUAGCCCAAUUUAUAUCUCCUAACUCGUUGACAGCUCCUAUUUUAAAACCUCCCAAUGUCACCAGUAAUGAAUGGCUCUAAAGUUUGUGAUUCCUUCUUGUAGAGAGCUAAAAUUUACAUAGAGUGGAUAUCAUUAUGAUACAACAACAACGAUAACUUUAUUUAUUAGAGUUAUAAAUUGGAAUUAUUUUGUCAUCCACAAGCAAUUUUUUCGCCACCAUUGCCACGCUUUGCAAUUACAUGCCACCCUUCGUUCUUUCACUACUCUUCAAGUGCUUAUAGCUUAUUUCCUUUACAGUCUAUAUUCAAUAAGGACGUUGGGAUUGGGGGGAGCUUAAUUCCUCCCUUAAGCCCACAUCAACACUCACUUCUCAUUUAGGGAAAAAUGUUGGCUUAGGGGAUAGGUAGGUGGGCAGUUAAUUGAUCCGAAAUAACAAUGGAAUUAGAUACUUAUGGAGCCUCCUGUUGCCAUUUGAUUUUGCAGAUACCAGUUCGAGCUCGAGGGCGGUGAAGGGAAACGGUAAGUAACAGGCAUAGACUUUUCUGUACAACCAUCUUUAGUUUUCAUUGGCAUCAACUCUGACUAACCAGGGUACUUCAAAAGCUCAUUUAAAAAUAUCUAUACAAAGGAAUUUAUUGAUCAUAAAACUUUAAGUCCAAUUUCCUUAGGCAAAAUAACCCCAAAACUGAAUAUUAGUGCAAGUUUUGAAGCGGUUCAAUAAGCUGAAAGUUCGUGGUUUGUCAAGUCUAAAACACUCUCAUUUGCUCAUUUGUUCGCCACUGAGCUGUCACGAUUACGGCUCCAAUCUCUUUUUCAAGGCCCCCUUCGAAAAGGUCGCUCAGAGGGAUUUUGCUAGUUCAAGUGUUUUUAAACACUUUAAACUUUUAAAAAAGUUUAGGGAAAUCUGCCAUUUUGGUCGUAAAAAGGACCUAAAAGAGCUAACAGACGCAUCUUAUGGCUGUGAAAAAGACAAAAAAAACGUCCUGGUUUAGUGAUUUAUUCAUAUUUAAAAGACGGUGCAUUCAGUCCAGCAGUUAAAGGGAAUGCAAAGUUUUUAAAUAGUUAUGUGAAAGGGGCACCAUUUGUUAUAGAAGGUAUAACGAAAUGGGUACCUUUUCUCUCAAAAAAUAGUAUAUGAAAGGGUAAGGGGUUGGACCGCUGGUCGGAGCCUCCCCUUUUGUUAGGCCUUCUCCCCCUCGGGUAAUAGCUAUCACUGCUUAGCAGUUAAAGUUGUACAUGUCUUCGAUGUCUGUUUGAAGACUUAGUCAAGAAGCAAUUUUGUCCUUCAACCUUUGCUUUCGUCCUUUUUUUAAAAGCCUUAUACUGCAUGCUUUCUCCUGACUCCCACACCGUAGCUAAAAACUGACAAAUCCGCUAAAUAAAAAGUACUAAUAGCACCCUAACUUACGCCAAGGAGUCCUUUUUUUCUGGAAAUUACAACACCGAUCAACAAUUUUGUUGAGAUGGAACAACCACUGUGUCAGUUGUAAUUACGGUAAUUUUUUUCUCUCGAACUCUAAAAUUUCGUCUGUCUUUGGUCCAGUCCGGGAAAGCUUUACUGAGAAGAUCUAAGCAAGAAGACAGCUCAAGUUUUAGUUCCUUCAAGAGCCAUUACCGAUUUCCACUAUCAAUCGGCUUUGUAGCUUAUUUCCUCUUCUAUUCAUCUUUUUUCGUUCAAUGAUCUUUUUUCAAUUCCCUGAACACUUUUAAACGACCGUAAUACAAUAUUUUCGUCUGGUCACUGGAAUUGGUCUCAGCUCACCAUCUUUUUUAAUCAGCAAAUAUGCAUUGUUAAAACAUUACGUAGUUGCUGGCCAUUCGAUCAUGAAAGAAAACUCUCCAUUCGGUAUCGGCUUUUAAUCAAGGAAAAACAUUUCCUAUUUAUUUAUUUAUUUAUUCAAUCAUUUAUCUGAUCGACUUUGUAUUUAUUUGGCAAUUUAUAUUCCUAGCACCUUCGAGGACAGAUCACAUGUUUUCAAUCUGGUCCCACAAAACCUGAAAACCAGCCAACCUAUUAAAUACAUCCUGGGAAUAGGAAAGAGGGGAAAUAUUGAAGAAGCUUUUCCUUCCAUGGAAUACCGUUUUGUUCCCGAAAAACUAACGGUCACAACAGAUCAGUACGUGUGUUUCGCGUGGGCUGGUAAGUCAGUACAUCCAUAA